GUUGCCAACAUGGCUAGCUGGGGCGGUGCUGAGGAAGAGGAACUAGAUACUCGAAACCAGCAGAGGUCAUAUGCCCUUGCAGGAAAAGUCUCAACCCUACGAUCGCUGGCACUAGACAUCGAGAAUGAAGCUUACGAACACAACCGGCUGCUGGACGGGAUGGGAAAUGACUUCUCGAGCGGCGAAGGGUUGAUGAUGGGCAGCUUGAACCGAGUGAAGAAUCUCCUCACAUCAGGAAGGCAGAACCGCAAGGUUAUGUGCUACACGUCCGGUUUCGUCAUCCUCUUCGUGAUCAUUCUGUGGUACCUGUCCUCGCGGAUGUUCAGCGGCGAGUGAGAGGCUGGAGGGAGAGAUUUUGGGGGGUGGGGGGGUGUAGGGAGUGUGAGAUGGGUGAGGAUGCGGUGUAUCUGUGAUGAGGCUUUUUUCUUAUACUUAUUCUUUGAUUUUCUUUAUUCGUAUUCUCUUUUUCUUUCUUCUUCUUCGUCUUCUUUUUGAGAAAGGAGGUAAAGAAUUAUUAGAAUGGAAGAGAGGAUGAAUGUAAUAUUUUUCUUUCUUUCUUUCUGUUUUAUCCAGAGGAAGAGAAUUAAUAUAGAUGUUGUUAUUCUCUUCUUCAAGAAAGAGGGUGCGUGUCAAAUUCAUUAGUGCGACGUUUGCUCACUUUUUAGCUAUGUGAUGGAUGGCUGUUUAGACUGAACAUACUAGUUUCCACCAGUUAAGGUUGUUUGGUACAUACUAAACUUACUUCACAGGUUUUAAUAAACAGAGUGAAGUAAUUCCGAGAGAUAUUUUUGUAUUUCAAUUAUUGCAUAUAUUGUGCUUUUGAGAUUUAGGUGAUGUAACACUCCGCAUCACAAGUGUUAUGGGUCGAUAUCUGUGAUCAAAGUGGAUCCAUUUGAUCAAUAAAAGAAUAAUUGUUUCAUUCCAAUAUUUCCAGUCCAUCUCUGUAUUUUUUCCUAUUUUAUUCUCAAGAUUUUUUUUUUUCUUUACAUUUUAUCUCCCA